AUGUCUUUAGCAGAUGCAAAGGAUGGUGGGUUGCCUGUCAACCCCAGCCGACCUGAGACCUAUAUCAGUCCGUCACAGCGGAAGCUUUACGAUCCUGGUGUAACCUUCGAGGAAUACGUACACUACGCCAACCGUACCAGGGAAGAGGAGAAAGUCCAGCAACAUAUUACUGAUGGAGGGAUCAUGCAGCAAGUUUUUCGGAGGAAAUCCUCAGUCACAGCGGAAGGAGUGCCAGUCAACAACGGUGCUGAUACAACUGCUGAAAAGGAAAACACUGAAAAAUCUGUGCUGCCUGGGACAGACGGUCACGACAGUCAAGAACCCACCCGGCCACGACGCAGAAGCAUCUUGUCCAGACACAGCCUGGUCACUGAAGAGGAAUGGCGAAACGCAUCCCGGGCAUUGAGGACCGCCAGUUGGGGAGCCGGCUUCUAUCUCAUCACUACAGAUAUCCUAGGUCCUUAUGGUGUUGGAUUUGCUCUAGGAACCCUCGGCUGGGGUCCGGGGGUCGCUCUCUAUACGGUCUUCGCCUUCAUGGCUGGGUACUCUGGCUAUCUUCUGUGGCAAGUCUAUCUCGGCCUCGACUCGUAUGAAUAUCCCCUCCGCAACUACGGAGAUCUGGCUUACCGCACCAUGGGCACAACUGCGCGAUAUGUGGUGAACAUUCUCCAAUCGAUCCAGCUACUCCUUAUCACAGGUCAAGUUAUCAUCCAAAACGGCCAGGGUAUCUCGCAGACAUCCAAGUUCAGGCUCUGCUAUGUCGUCUGCGUCGUCUUGUUCGUGAUUGCGGGCUUCUUCAUGGGCCAGGUCCGUACCCUGCGAAACUUUGGCGUCUUCUCCAUGGUUGCCGUGGGCCUCAACUUGCUGGUGAUAUUCAUCUCCAUGGGUGUCAUGGCUCACUCGCCACCGAAUUAUGCUAUCAGCGUCCUUGGCUCCGCUGGCUCAGCCGUCAAUCCCGCCACCAUCGCGCCAGACGAGAACGGCGUCUACCCAUCCAUCAUCCACUAUGGUGGCCUCCCAGACUCGAGCAACUUCGUCGGCGCCAUCAACGGCCUGAUGAGCGGUGUAUUCGCGUACGGCGGGGCGCAACUUUUCGUCGAAAUCAUGGCCGAGAUGCGUCGCCCGUGGGACUUCAUCAAAGCCAUGUGGGCGGCACAAUUUUUCAUCUACGCCGUCUACCUCAUCUAUGGCUGCUAUGUGUACCAUUACCAAGGCCAGUACAGCUUUACCAUCGCCUACAUGGGUCUUUCUCCCUACGGAUUCCAGGCGGCCUGCGACAUGUUGGUCGUGAUUUCAGGGUUGAUCGCAGCGGGAUUGUACGGCAAUAUUGGAAUCAAGGUGCUCUAUAAUCAAGUUCUGCAGGAAUUGUUCAAUGCGCCACCCUUGACAUCAAAGUCGGGGAAAUAUCUCUUUAGUGCGAUUGUACCGGUGUACUGGUCUGUGGCCUUUAUCGUCGCGGCGGCUAUUCCAGACUACUUUGGCUUUGUCUCCGUUAUUGCAGCCUUUUGUAUUGUGCAGUUCAGUUACUCGUUCCCACCCAUCAUCCACCUUGCCUACACCAUGCAAAGGAACUCGAUGACACCGGGCGACGGUUUCAAUGAACAGACGGGUCAAACUGUCCGGAGCGAGCAUGGUAUAAAGAGGUUGAUUAAGGGAUUCUUCGCGGACAAAUGGUACAUCAAUGUGUGGCACAUUAUUCACGCGGGCGGUGCGUUGGCGACGGCGGGAUUGGGCGCGUACGCCGCCAUCCAAGGCAUGAUUGAGGCGUUCAAGAAUCCUCAGGUGAAUUCUUUUACAUGUACAAGUCCGCUGGAUUUGUCCGCCGUUUAG